CCCGUCAUGCAUUUAUCAACAUGGAGAUGAACGAGGUGGUCGCGAUCGUUACUGCAUACCUAUGCUUAUGAAAACUACAACACACAUGACCGGGAUAUUGAAAAGGGAUUGUAAAAAUGCCCAAGAUAUCAAGAAGAAAGCAGUCAAAACCUCAGCACAUAUGUGGUGAAGAUGAACCAACAAAUGGAGAAAGCAACAAUGGACCAGUUGGAAAGGAUGCUGUAGAAGAUAAUAAUGCCAACAUUGUAGUAACUGAGGAGGAGAAGGAUGAAACAUCCAAAGUGGAUAGUUGUGAUGAAAAUAAUGCAGAAAAUUCUGAUGACAUCAUCCCCUUACAUCUAGAAGCUGAAGAUGUUGAUGAUUACUCAAACUUGAAAAUUGAUGAAACUGAUGAUAGAAAUAAUUUCGACACAGAUUCUAACUAUUCAUUUGAUCAUGGUGGAGACUCGGAAGUUGGACAGUCAGAACAUAAUUUCAAUACUCCAUCUUCAUCUGACCGCAUGUGUGAUUUCUGUGGAGCUGUAAAGAAAAGUCCAUCUGACCUUGCUCGCCAUCUCCUAAAACAUACUGGCGAACAUCCUUUUAAAUGUGAUCUUUGUGAUAAAGCUUUCAAGUCUAAACGAUCCUUACAGCAUCACCAACAUACAGUGCAUGGGAUCAGUCUAGCUGUUUCCAUGGUAGCAAUUGAUGCCAGUAUCACAGCCAACAGAAAACGUAAAUCUGAUGAAUCAGUGGGAUGCCAUUCUUCCCCAGAGAGUGAAACUAAAAAGAUAAAAUCUGAAGUUCAGGAUUUAUACAGUUAUCCAUCUAUGGUAUAUUGUGGAGAACCUCAGGGAUCUGUAUACAUUUCAGACACAUCAUGUAGCAGUACUGGUAGUUUUAAGAUCAGCCCAACAACAACAAAACUGUGCUCAGAAGAUGGUAACAACAGAACUUGCCAAGUAUGUGGAAAGACAUGCAGUAAACCAAGUGAUCUUAAAAGACAUAUGAUGAGCCAUACUGGAGAAAGACCAUUCAGAUGUAAUAUUUGUGGGAAAGCUUUUCGAGCUAAAAAUAGUAUGUUUUACCACCAAAAAUCAUCACAUGGCCUAAAUAUUGAACUAAGUCCCGGUCUGCAGGAGCGUUUUAUGAAAUUAAAAAAGCAAAAUCGUCUUAAUACAUUGAUGAGCCAGCCAAAUGGUAGUCCCAUAUCAUAUGUAAAUGAAGAGUCUAAAGAUAUCCAUAUCCACAAUGAUCCUCAAAUGGCAAGUUCUCUUCUGUUACAAAAAUUAGGACAAAAAGUCAGAUGUGCUAACAAUCAAGUGCUGUAUAGUUAUGAUAUCAAUACACAUCAGGAAGGUGAGGUGGAAUUGGAUGAAAACACAGGACUCUUCAAACAGUCAGGAAGCAUCUUUAACAAACCACUUGUAACAGCUGGACAGAUAAAACCAGAACCUUUAAAACUUACUAAUAGUAUGGUAGGAAUGCAAAUUGUACAGGAGUCUCAUAAAGUCAAGCGCCACAUCUGUGUUAAAAAUGAAACCGUUUUGGUCACAAGGCUAGAUGGGGUGGAUGUACUCACUGCAAAAGAUGUCUCUUUGUAUAAAUGUUACCUAUGUGGCAAGCUUUUUGAUGAUCUGCUGAAAAUCCAGUGCCAUCUGUCAAUGCAUUUUCAAAGGGAUCUUACUCUUUAUCGUUGUCAGCUAUGUGAUGACACAUUUUGGUUUAAGUUUCGGGUCAUAAAUCAUAUUCGUAAGAAUCACCCAAAAGAAUCAAACUUGGCUUUUAAGAAAGCUGAAGAAAAUAUGAAGGGAACUUUACAUAAUAAACCAUCAGUAGAUGACAAUGAAAUUGAACUUACAGGUAAAGAGGAAAAUGACAAUAAAAAGAAAGAUAAGACAUUGAUGGAAGGUGAUGAAAAAGUGAAGGUUGAUGAAAUGGAAACUGAAAAAGAUUCAAAGCAGAAUGAAGAGAUUGGGAAAAACCAAGAGCCAUUCCCAGAUCCUGAAAAAUUACAUUCUGAAGAGGAGAAAAGAGACGAGCAGCAAAAUGACCAAAUGGAAGAAACUACCUCAAUCAAAAUUGAAGAAAAUCCAGUUGAAGAAAAAGAAGGGGAUGAAGAUGUUGCAUCUACCUCAGAUAAAGAUAUUACCAAAGAUUUCCCUGUUACUGACCUCUAUGACUUGUCCAAUAAAGCUAUGAAGUCUGAUCCACUUGGAAAAUUGUACAAAGGAAUAAGAUUUAAAAAGAAACCUAAUGGAUCUUUCAUAUGUUUACUUUGUAGGAAAUCGUUUUACAGGGAGUCGGCUUUACUGCAGCAUAUCAAAAUUCACAAUCAACAACACAUCUGCUACUGUGAGCAAUGUGGUGAAGGCUUUAUGGAGUAUGGGAAAUUAAGGUUACACAUCACGGGAGAUCAUAAGAAAAAUGAUGACGAUGAUGAUGAUACAGUAUUGCCAUCAGCUACAGCAAAGAAUACUUUACUCUCUUCUUUGUUAUCAAAAACCUCACAAUGGCACAAACCUCCAACUCCAAGUAUUCCAGUGCCCAAUGAUAAGAUUUUUGAGAAAGCCAGAGAAAUUCUGCAAAAGGAAGGAAUACAGGAAGAUGUAACAGUUGUGUUGCCAAGUGAACCAGAUGAACAGAAUUCUACUGAGACAAGGAAGGCUAACUUAGACAAUAUUCUGUCAAACCAAGAAUCUGAGAUAUUUGUACAGAAGAAACCUGAUGAAUCUGAAAUCCAGGUAUCCCCAAAACGUCUUCUGAUGUCCAAACUGCUCUCAAAAUCAAAAAGAAAAUCAUCACAACCUAUAAAAUUAGAAAAUUCUGACCCCAUGGAUUGUACAAAUGUUGUGGUUACCAGAUCUGACUCAGAGAGGGAGAUAUUUACUGUAAAACAAGAACCUGUUGUAGAUGAAAAAGAGUUGCUUCCCCCUCCAGUCUCAGUUCCAGCUCCAAUAUCUACUUCUUCCUUUCCUGUCAUCAAUAGUGAAUUGAUGGCUGCCAAACUCAAUAAUCUAGCAAUGUUGCAUCCUGGGAUACAUCCUGUUGUUAUGGCCAACACUCUUGCUACACUUGCAGCCCAGGGUGUACCAAUCACCUCUCAGGGAAUGCUGAUUGCAAGUGGAAAUAUACUCUCUGGAAUUACUCCUGGUCUCCCCUUGGUAAGCCUUCCAUCUCACACUAGUAAUGGGCUAUUAGGAACAUCAAUUCCUCCACAGGUUCAACAACCAGUACUAAAUAAUCCUACAAUUAGUGUACCGAUUUCCCUGACGAUUCCAAAACAAGAAAAUGAGGACCCAGUAGUUAUUAAAGAAGAGCCAAAAAGUCCUACAGAAGAUAAUGAUUCUGAUUCUAAUCAUUCUUCUAAUAUCUCAAAUGAAGAAUUAUCAGAGUCAGACAGAGAAAAGCUUGUUGGAUGUCCAAGAGUUCAGUGGAAUGAUCCGGAUAAAAGUGAGCCCGUGCUUGAAGGGAAUCCCAGCAAUUUACCGUUAAGUUUACAACAAGGAUGGGGAUUGUCUUCAGAUGGGAGAAAAGUCACAUCUUUGUCAAGGACACAUUCAAGAUUGCCAGUAGUCAGUACUCCAGUAGACAGAGAAAAAAUCUGUAAACCAACAGUGUUAGCAGAUGGAAGGACUGUGUUCAGAUGUCCUUUCUGUAAUAAAGACUUUCUAUCUUACUCAGACAUCAAUAGACAUAUGGAUUUUCACGAGGACAUCAGACCAUUUAAAUGUAAAUAUUGUGAAUAUUAUGCCAGGACCAACAGCCAACUUAAAGUACAUAUGAUGAGGCAUCAAGGAAUACGUGAAUUCUGCUGUAAGCUUUGUAACUAUAAAGGUGUUACACAAUCUGAUCUGAAUCGACAUAUGAAAUCACAGAUUCACUUACUCAAGGCCAAGCAUGCAUGUCCUCAUUGCGAUGAAGGAUUUGUUACCCCACGCAACCUGGAUCGUCACCUUGAUGGCAAUUGUAUUGUCAAAAUGCAGAAGCUUGAAAAUGGGGUCCUUAUUUUAAAGUGACAUUCAUUUAAGUUUUAUUUUAAAGCAACAUGCUUGACAGAAUUAAUAGCAAGAUCCAUUUGAAUGUCUUUUUCAAGAACGUUGGUUGGAAGAUUUGCCUACUGUGCGAGGGAAAUUUUAAGAUUGGUAUCUUUUAAGAAAGGCCUCUUGUAAGAAACAAGGGAAGUGAAUUAACAAGAUUAAUGCAAUUCAUUGAUGUUUAAAUAGACUGAGUUUAGACAUGAACUUUUAAAAAAAAUUGUUUUAAUGUUUUCUGUGUACUUCAAUCAAAGUAUCAUUGUUAUUUUUAAUGUUGGGUAAAGAUUAUGGUUAUUUGUUAAUAUUUUUUCUUAUUUUAUAUAUAAAAAGUUUGUGUUGCAGUUUUUACCUCAGUUAUUAAAAUACAUUCACUUUUUCAUUCCAAAAUUAAUCAUUCCUUUUGUUUAUGAUUCCAGAAUUAUAUAUAUAUAGUUGGGAGUUUUAUCUAUCAUUUAGUUUGUACAUAUUUAUAUUUUUAUAUUGGUUUAUCUUUUCAUAUUUUAUUACAUAUUUCUAUCAUUCCAAAAGAUUUUCUGUACUAAGGAAGAAACAAUUGUUGUUCUUCUGUUAUUUUUUCAUCUGUUACAAUAUAUUUUUUGUCAGAUUUAUUUUAUAUAAUUCAGUUUGUUAACUCCUGUAUGCUUUAUUGAUGAUUAGCUUACAAAUACCUAAAGAUGGUGUCUCAUUUAAAAGAGUUUAAUUACUGACACAAGUUAGGUAUUUAAGAGAAUGAUUGAUAAUGUGUAUAUAAUCUGUAAAAUCAGAAAACAAAUUUUAACAGUUGUAUACUAUGGAGAAAUGUUUUUGUACUUCAAAAACUGUAUUAACCGCAGUACAUUGCUUUCUUUACAUGGAACUUUUAAUUAGGAUUCUUAAAUCAAUUUUGACAUGUUUUGAUGUGUGAUAAAUUUAUGAAUUAUGAAAUAACAUUCAUUGAUGUUUUCUAUAGAAAUAAAUGUUUUGUGUGUUAUAUAUUAUGAAUUAGAAUAUAUACAUAACCACUCAUACUACCACACAUUGUAUAUAGAUAUAGAAUAUAGAUUGUUUAGUAUUUUAUUUUUAUGAAUACUUGUGUUUAGAGAAUCAAAACAAAGAAAAUUGUAUCUUUUAAAUUUUCAGAAAGGCUUUUUGAGUUUCUUUUGGUGAACCUACUUUAUGAAGCAGAAUAUUAAGAAAAAUGGGUCCUUAAGUCAGAUUUUUGAUAGAUCAGUUAUUGUUUUAGCAAACAAGAAACAUUAACAUUAAGAAAUUUGCAAUAGAGCAAUAAAUAGUUGCCCAUUACAGCCGAUUGCAUUGAGUGUGUAGGUAAAGGUAAUAUUUUUGGUUAGCUUGCUUGCUAGCUUGCUUGCUAGCUGAACCGUGAAGUCAUUAUUAGGUAAGGUAUACUACCCUCCUUUUGAAGUAGCCUAGUCCUACAGACGGAUAGAUUGGUUAUCUGUCGGACUAGUCUACUCUUAAAGGAGGGUAGUUUACCUAACCCAGUGACUUCAGGGUUCAGCUAGCAAGCAAGCGUAACCAAAGAUAUUACCUUUUCCUUAGUAAAAAGCUUAAACUCCUUGCUGGAAGUAAUGGUUAGCUUCAGUAAUAACAAUUAAAGGAAAUGCUAAAAUGAUAAAUGGUCUUUCAAUGAAAAGAUAAGUAGCAUGUAUUUGAAACUUAGUAGAAAUCAGUUAACCAUUUUAUUAUGAAUGAAAAUUGGUUACUGAAAGUACAAACUUAUAUAACAUGGAUAUCUGUAUGAUUAAGAUUUAAAUUGCCCAAGAUUUCCACUCAAUUAAAUUAAUUAUAAUGCAAAGGCUAGAUUUUUUUGAUAAGAUAAAUUUAAGAUUAUUAGAAAUGUCUGUUUUGUGAAACUAACUGGUAGGAAGAUAAUCAAUGUUUCCUCUAAAUUUUAAUGACUAAUCAAAACAUGUAUUGUAGAAGACCUCUAAUACAUUGAAAUAUGUAGUGAUUUGCCUUAUUUAUCAUCCAUAAAUGAAUUUUAGCUCUGGUUCAUUUCACCAUAACUUGCAUGAACUUUUUUUUAAAAUUACAUCUACUAUAAAUAUCUUCUUUGUAUGUUACAUUCCAUGCAUGAUUUUAAUGGCAGUGUAGUAUGGUGAUAAAAUUGUGAUAGCACUGUUAUGUUUGUAAAGUUUAUGUUUUUGAGGGUAGAUAUUUUAUGGACAUGUAUAUAAAUUGUUUUUAUCAAUGUUUAUUACCCAGUAUUUAUAGCUUUGCUAUUCAGCAGUAUAUAUGGUGUACCAAUUUUGUUCGAUUUAAAAACGUCACCAUAAUCUUCCACAUCUUUCUAUUGAAGCUAAUUUCUGUUCGUGUUUUCCUCAACAUUAUUUUUUUUUUUAGGUAAUAUUUAACUUUUUUUUACAUUUUAAAAAAGGUUUUAUUCCAGUUAUGAUAGCUGUUCAUAUUGAAAUGCUUGAUAUUAGAAAUAGCUUCAUUUAAUCAGCUUAGAGAAAUUGACUUGAUGCAAUAUAUGAAGUAAAUGUCUGGUUAAGCCCUAUCUGUUACAGGUUAGUGAUAGUAAUUAUGACAUUUUGGGAGUAAAUAUAUUUUGCAUUUUAAGAAGUUGAUUUAGAAAAUGAUUGAAAACUAUUUUGCUAUAGGCUGAAGGUGUAAUUCCCAAUAAAUCCAUUGCUGGAUAAUGGUUGUUGUCUGUUUGAGUAGUAUUUCCAAUAAAUGUAACAUGUAAUCUAUAUGUAACUCUGUUGUACAAAUUCAUAGACAACUCUAUUUGUCUAUUCAUUUUCUAAAUUUUGAAAUGAUUUAACAUGAAUAAUAUGGAAGUUAUGCAUUGAACUUUUUCAUAAACUACAGGGUUCAAAUAGUCUGGGAAAUAAGUGAAUUCUGAUGGCAAAUUUUGAUUAUAGAUUGUCGAGAGCACCAAUCAUUCAACUACAAAAAAAGAAAGAAAUUUUAAAUUGAUUUUGUAAGUUUAUGAAUGUGUAAUAAUUGUAAAAUUGUGAUGAAUAGGAAAGUAUGUAUAUAAUUGUUCUUCUAAUACUGGGUAUUUGUUGAUUGACAUUUUAUUUUAUUGUGAAGUUUUAUUUUUAUAUAGAUUGAAAAUAGGUUAUAUGGUUCCGUUUUCACAAAUCAAUAUAUUGUGGUAAUUCAGCUUUCACAAGUUUUCAAAGAUAAUAAGGUAAUUUUGUUAUUGUUAUAUUAUAUAAGAAUUUUAAUAUCAUUAUGGUUUAUUAUUAACUCAGAUGGUUUACUUUUUCUGAGAGUAAUUACUUUGAAAAAUAUUGUUUUUCAAUAAAUAUAAAUUUUAUUUUUCUUUCCCAGGCCAGCAUCACAUUUAUUGCAUACAGUCUGUGAUAAAUUUUCCAUGAAAAAUAGAAAUGUAAAUAUUAAUUUCUACGUCUUUUUUAAACCAGUUUUAUUUUUGAAAGGAAAAUGAAUUUCCAGAUUAUUAUUUACACUUUGAAAAAAUUCUGGUUAAAUUUAAGUAUUCCCAGUGCUCCAAUACAUCAAGCAUUACUCGUACACCUAACAUUUUAUGUAAGGAAUAAGAGGCUGGAAUAUAUAGUUUCAUAAAAUUUUAAUGUGGAAUAAAUUGAAUUAAUGAUUUGGUUAGUUAAUGAAUUUUAAAUAUUUAUCUAUUUUCUCAAAGAUAAAAAUAAGGAAAGGGUUCCUAGACACUUCAAGAUAAAAAGUGAAUAUAAGUGAGAAUUUCAAGCAUUUAAAUAAAAAUUUAUCAGAAAUUUAAGAUAUAAUGAAAAGGUCUGGUUGACCAAGUUAUAUAGUUAUAUUUCAUAUCUUCAAUCACAACAAAUAAAAAUAUUUUGGAACAGUAGUAAGCAGCAUAUAUGGGUCCAUUUGUGUACAUUCCAAUUUUACACUAUUGUGUUGUUAUUUGUUAAGAAUAGAAAAACUCCAUUAAUCCAUUUAUAUAAACAUGUUAUUAUUAAUUUUAAUUUGCUUAUAUUACACAACAUUAUUUUUUUUAGGGAGAUUGUUGGAUAAAUUUUUUUUAGAAUAAUUAAUUGACAAACAAAUACUUUGCCCUUGACUAAGACAUUGCAAUGAUUUUAAUUCAUUGUUUCAGAAGCUGUAAUUUGCUGAAAUUUUAAAUGACCAACAUUAUUUUUGUUAUAUUUGUUGAAAUACUUCCUUAACAUUUUAUGCUCCUGUUUUUAUAAUUGUUUCAUUAGACAGAUAUGUGAUGAGGAAAUUAUUCUCAUCUGUAUGUUUCUGAAACAUUGAAUUAGUAAAUAUUCACAAGAUUUGUUUUACAAUGACCAGAGUUUUUUAUUGAUCUGAAAAUUUGUAUUUCAUUGUUGUUGUUUUUAAAUAUAUCAGAAUUCACAAACCAUUUUAUUGAUAUAAUCUUGGUAGCUCAUUAUACGCAAAUGUUUAGAUAUACAUCCUGUGAACACGUGUAAAUGCUGUGCACUUUUACCUUUUCUUGUAAAAAUUAAUCAUUUAAGUAGUUUUAGUCAGGGAAUAUGAAUAUUGAUACAAAGUCAGACCUCUGUAACAACUGGUGUAGAAAGGUUACAUUAUGGAAACUCUUACAGGAAGAGAAAGGUGACAUGUUAUGAUCUUUGAAAGGGAGUUGGUACACAUUUGAUAUACAUGUAUAAGCUUUUUUUUCGCUUUUUUUUUCUCAUUGAGAAAUUAAUUUGAAUCCAUUGAUGACAGACUUUUUUUUAAUUUGAAACGCUUCUUAUGACUCUCAGUAUAGAAAUAAUUUUUUUAACCAUUUGAAAUGUACAUGGUCUGCAGUAAAGGAUUGACUCAUUAGAAUUUAUACAUUUUUAUUAAUUAAGCAUGGAAAACUGUAGUAAAAAAUUUUCUUUUAUUUGAUUUCAUGUUAUUCAGUGGACGUUUUUAUGAUUUAUGGCUAUGUUAUAUAAUUCUGUGGUCAAAUGUUUCCAACCGCAGAAUUUAUCUUGCAUGGUAUAUGUAGACAAAUUUAUUUUUUGAAAAUGAGUAGUGGAUAAAUAUCUUAGAAUAUUCAACUUUAUAUAGAUUUUAAUGAGAAGUCACUUGUUGUUGAUGUUAUGGGAUAUUGCUAUUCUGUUUUGCAAAGAUUUAGCAAUGACUUUCAGAACUGGGGAUCUCUUGUCCAACACCAUGUGAGCAACCCUUUAUAAUUUUCGUAAAAAUCAAUAGUUGACAAAUAAACAGAUUGUAUUGUAAGCAAUAUUUUAGCAAGUCAAAUUUCCCUUGCUGUUACAGGAAAUACUACUUGAUGACAAUUUUAAAACAGGUCUUGUCAUAUUACCAAUGUUAGCUUAUUGUAGUAUGGGAGUAUAAACAUAAAACACAGAAUUUGGCCAAAAUGAAGUCUAUAUUACACUAUUUCAAAAGUAGAAUAAAAUUAAAAAAAGUAUAGGUCACUGUGCCUAUUUUCAAGUUGCAGACUUGAAAGUUCUCAUAUUAUGUAGAUUAUACAUGAGAAAUCACUAUCAUUUGACUAAAAUGAAAACUACAUGAUAGAAUUUUGAAAUAAAAGAAUGGGCAGAUAGUUUUAUGCUUUUGUGAAAUAAUAAGAAAUUGUUGGGUUACUGAAGUAUUUUUUUCCUGCAUAAUAAAAUAAAUAAAUUUGCUGUACAUACUUUAAUAUGAACCAAAUUAGCUGAUUUAUCUACCCAUCCUCUGGAUCAAAUCUUACUUAUUUCAGUAAAAAUUUGGAAUGAAUAUUUACACUCAAGUGAGAUCCAAGAUGGGGAAAGACUCCCAUUCUACCUCAAGUAUAUAUCUUAUCCAGUUUCUUUGUUUUGAUGUCACUGUAAAAGAUAAAUUCUGAUGAGAAGUUUAUUAUUAGCAUUCCUAACAUAUCAAUUAGUCAUGUAAUUUCACUUAUCUGCUUAAUUUACAGCUGAAAUGUAGGCUAUUUUUCUUCUAUUUAUGAGUAUUGACAAUAUCUUAGACUGUCUUUAUAAUGUCCAAUUCUGAUUGUUUUUUGGAUAAAGAUAACAAGUAAGAUACUGAUUUUGCAGAAGAUUUUUAUGUCUGUUAGUAAAAAAAAAAUAUUAAUAAGCAAAACCAAUUCAAUAGACAGUGGCAACAAAAUACAUCUGCAAAAAGUGUCCGCAAUAUUUGCUGUUUUUUUCUAUUGUAAUUUCAUACUUUCUAGUGUAAAAACUCAUCAUUAAAUGUCUUUCUACACCAGUUUAGUCCUACUUUUGUUUAUAUCACUACCUCCUCACAGAACUUGUAUUAAACCAAAUUGUAUAUUGGUAAUCCAACAAUAAAUGUUUUAACACCCCA